AGGGAUUUCAAGGACGCGUGGACUUCAAUUUAAUCGAAGAGGCUGAGAGUGGAGUGGAAGAGUGACACACAGAGGAGAGAAGUUCAUUAUUCUGCUGAAAAGGAAACCAAUGGCUUUCACAGUCACCAUGGAAACCGGCCUUUCUUUUGCCGUCAGACCUAUGAUAAGGUUUGAGUGACAGUCCCUCCACCACCUAAUGACUGAACUUAGAGACGCUUUCAGACGCAGUGAGACAUGAUCGUCCGGUGUUGCAUCCCAACGUUUGCGCUGCGUGCUCCGGUUGGUUACGCGGUGGAUACGGGAGCUGCGCGCUGAUUGGUUGCCCGGCCCUCAUUGUCACGCUGUCAAUCCGCAUCACAUGGUCCGGCCACUAGGCCUAUUAACAGAUGAGCUUGGCGAAGUUUACAGACUUCUGUUUCAGAGCCGUGGGGGACAGAGCAGCUUUGAGCGGAGAGAAACCAGAAGCACCUGCAGAAACAGUUUGCCUCUUUGGGCAAGUUUUUUUUUCCCCAUCUUCUUAUGAGACUGGUCAGUACCUCUACCUCUUUGACUUUUGGUGCUGUUUUGUGAACUUUUUUUUUUAUGUGCCUGUGAGUGAACACUAAAAAGCCGCCUGAAUGUAUAACAUGAUGGAAACCGAGCUCAAGACCCCGCUCCCGCAGUCCAACUCGGGCUCGGCGCCGGGCGCAAAGAACAACAGUGCCAGCGACCAGGAGCGGGUGAAGCGGCCGAUGAACGCCUUCAUGGUGUGGUCCCGGGGGCAGCGGAGGAAGAUGGCUCAAGAGAACCCCAAAAUGCACAACUCUGAGAUCAGCAAGCGGCUCGGUGCGGACUGGAAACUUCUGACCGACGCUGAAAAGAGGCCGUUCAUCGACGAGGCCAAGCGUCUGCGCGCUAUGCACAUGAAGGAGCACCCGGAUUAUAAAUACCGUCCCCGCAGGAAGACCAAGACCUUGCUCAAGAAAGACAAGUACUCUUUGCCAGGGGGGCUGCUGGCGCCAGGCGCCAACGCCGUCAACAACUCUGUGUCUGUGGGGCAGCGGAUGGACGGUUACGCGCACAUGAACGGAUGGACGAACAGCGCGUACUCCCUCAUGCAGGACCAGUUGGCGUACCCUCAGCAUCACAGCAUGAACAGCCCCCAGAUCCAGCAAAUGCACCGGUACGAGAUGGCGGGGCUCCAGUACCCGAUGAUGUCCUCGGCGCAGACCUACAUGAACGCGGCGUCCACUUACAGCAUGUCUCCGGCGUACACACAGCAGAGCAGCAGCGCCAUGGGACUCAGCUCCAUGGCGUCCGUGUGCAAGACCGAGCCGAGCUCACCGCCGCCGGCCAUCACGUCCCACUCUCAGCGGGCGUGUUUGGGGGACCUGAGGGAUAUGAUAAGCAUGUACCUGCCUCCCGGCGGGGAGAGCGCGGAGCACAGCUCUCUGCAGAGCAGCCGGUUACACAGCGUCCAUCCGCACUAUCAGAGCGCAGGGACUGGCGUCAAUGGCACGCUACCUCUCACCCACAUCUGAGAGACACUAAAGACUUUUAAAAAGUACUCGGAUACUUGAACUUUUUGGUUGCUAAAGAAAAAAAACAAUUUUAUCUCAUGAGUUGUCCAUUUUUAAAUGAAUUUAAAAUGGAAACUGAACGUUGAGCCCAUCAGAGUAAAAAUUGCAUUGCAAAGAGGCUUUUUAUCACAAGUAUAAGCAAUCAACUAGAAGAAUUGGACUUCUAUAUUUUAAUGAAUGCCAUAUUUUCUCUCUAUGAAAAGGCAUGUGGCCUCAUUCAGAGAGGCUGGUGUGUUUCAGAACAGCUGGAUGGAAAAGUUGCUUCAUAAAUGUUUACACUUAAUUUGUAGAAUGUCAGUUGUCUCGACUGUGUCCAAAUUUUGUAGUCUCUUUUUAUUUCUCCCCUCCUCCUCACGACCUAUAGGUUAAAAUGAAAUGUUAAGACUGUGCGGGUCGCAAACGCAAGUUUUAUUUAUAGUAAGAUUUUUUGUUCUUUUUUUUAGCUUGUGAACCCGAUGUUUUGUCACGUGAAAAAAAUGUUUAAAUUUUUGUUUUUGUAAAAUGUUAUUUUCUGUGAU